AGACCUUUAAUAAUGGCGGCUAACAGUGAAACACGCUGACUUGUGUAACUGAAUAGUACAACUGGUAGAAUCGUGGUAGUAUAUUUCGAUAUUUGGCGUGAUUAUUAUUUGAAUUACGAUAGUUCAUUGCCAACUGAAUCGGCAAAGAGAUUAGAUUACUUGGACGUAGCUCAGCAGUGAAGAUUCCAUUUUAUAAUACAAAUUAAAAGCCUAAAAGCAAGCCAUGGGUAACGUUCUCGCAGCAUCAGCACCUCCACCGCCACCGCCUCCAUCGCCGGUCGCAGGUUUUGCAAAGCAAGACCUGGCGACGAACGCCUUUUCUCCAGUACCCCUGGUCUCUGAAGUGCAGCAAAAUCUGGAGAACCCAGGGACGAUUGAAGACCUUCAUAAACUGUGUAAAGAUGUAUUCCCGGUCAACUUCGAAGGCGCCAAGCUGAUGGUCAAUAAAGGUCUAAGCAACCAUUUCCAUAUUUCUCACACAAUAAAUAUGAGCUCCAUCACGCAGUCUGGAUACAGAUUUGGAGCAACUUAUGUAGGGACUAAGCAGACCUCACCUACGGAGGCUUAUCCCGUUCUUCUAGGGGAUAUCGACCCUGCUGGUAAUCUGAAUGCUAAUAUUAUUCACCAGUUCAGCCAACGGAUACGAGGAAAACUUGUAACACAAGUGCAACAAAGUAAAUAUACAGCAGCCCAGAUGACAAGCGAUUACCGUGGUGACACUUAUACAGUUUCUGUGACGCUAGGCAAUCCUGAUAUCAUAUCUGGAUCUGGUGUCUUGGUAACGCAUUACUUGCAAAGCAUCACUCCUUCGUUAGCUGUGGGUGGUGAACUUGCCUAUCAACGUGGUCCCGGAGUUCCAGGUGGCCACAUAGCUGUUGUGUCAGCUGCAGGAAGGUACACGAACGGAGAAUCCACAAUCAGCGGUAGUCUAAGUUUAGCCGGUGCCCACAUUUGUUUCCAUCAGAAAGCUAGUCAGCAAUUACAAGUAGGCGUCGAACUUGAGGUCAAUUCUAGAACACAGGAAUCCACGGGAGCCAUCGCUUAUCAAAUUGAUUUACCUAAAGCGGAUCUAGUUUUCAAGGGAAGCAUUGACUCGAAUUGGACAGUAGGUGCGGUACUAGAAAAGAAAUUGCAGCCUCUGCCAUUUUCUUUCGCAUUAAGCGGGGUGAUGAAUCACAGCAAGCACCAAUUCAGACUGGGGUGUGGUCUAAUAAUCGGCUAAUAUUCACCAACAAUGCCAAUGAUUUAUUUUGUUUGAAAAUACAUAGCCCAAUUUAAAAACGUUAACGCAAGAAGGUAUCAGACAGUCACAGCUGACACCGUUUUUUAUCUAAUAGACUCGACAUAUAUACCAACAAAAGCAUGCAAAAACGAACUUGAACUAGGGCCACAUUGUUCUAUUAUUCGUUUACGAUGUUACGAUCAUCAUUUACGCUCAACUAUAUUGUGAAUACAUCCAUGUGACUCCACCGUGUUGAUACAUAUAUAUAUAUUGAAAAACUACGCAGAGAUUUUUCAACUAUUGGGUCAGUUUAUGUUAUCUUUUCAAUUGAACCAAAAACAAAAAUUUUAGAGAAUUCGAUCUCUGUUGUCGGAGAAACUGCUUUGGUUACGCGGAGCCUGAGGCGCCGGCGAAUUCUUUCCACAUAAUAAAAGCGUUACAAUAGA